UUUAUUUUCUACUUUAACCACAAAAAAGGCCUGCAGGAUAAUAAAUGCCUUGGCUAUUUACGACCUGCACAUAAUCAUAUGAUGAUAUUCUUCACAUUUGAUCUAAUAUUUACCAUUUUUCUUUUCUAUUCAUGAAUCAUGGGAACUAUUGUUUCUGGUAGUCAUUUAUGUACCAUCAGAUCAAUAUGUUAAAUUGGGUGUCUCCAUUGUGUGCAGGGUUUUGAUGUUAGGCUGGUCGAUGUGAAUAGGACGUGUAAAUUUACAAAGGGUGGACAAGUUAUCAAAUACACUGCAAUGUUAGCUUGUGGGAACUACAAUGGUGUUAUUGGUUUUGCUAAAGCAAAGGCUCCUGCAGUUCCGCUUGCUCUUCAAAAGGCAUAUGAGAAGUGCUUUCAGAAUCUGCAUUAUGUAGAGCGGCAUGAGGAUCAUACAAUUGCACAUGCAAUUCAGACAUCGUAUAAAAAGACUAAGGUGUAUCUUUGGCCAGCUCCUACACAAUCAGGGAUGAAGGCAGGCAAAACUGUGGAGUUGAUUCUUAACUUAGCUGGUUACAGGAAUGUGAAAUCAAAGGUUGUUGGUUCAAGGAAUCCCCACAACACUGUGAAGGCUCUCUUCAAGGCAUUAAAUGCGAUUGAAACUCCCAAAGAUGUUCAGGAAAAGUUUGGCCGAACUAUGGUUGAAUCAUAUCUACUGCGAUAG